CUCUUCCAACCCCGGUGACCCCGCGAGUGUGUGACAGGGCCAGCAGAGUUUUGUUCCAUCCCUCCUACCGCACUCCUGAACCCCCACCUCAGCCUCCUGGAGCCCCAGCUCAGCGACCCCGACCGCACGGAGCUGAUGGACGCGUGCCUGGCCGGCGUCCUGGCGCUGCCCCCACUGGACCCACUGUGGGACCACGAUGGGGACGGCGGCGAUGCGGCCUACAGCGAGGAGCUGUUUGCAGACACCCUCGGUGCCCUCCAGGAGCUGCUGAAGACCCUCCUGCAGCGCAGCCUGACCCCACAUGGCCUGCAGGACAUGUUCGCGCACUUGGGCCCGUGGAUCAAAUCCAGCAAGCAGCACGAGCGGCAGCGUGCCGUGGAGCUCAGCGCCGCGCUGCUGGACUUCUACCUGGGCAGGCUCAACGUCAGCGUAAGUCUGCAUCAGUGGGACCGCCUGUGUGUCCUCCUGUCAUCCCAGUGCCAUCCCAGUGCUGUCCGUGUGUGUCCCAGUGCCGUCCUGGUGCCAUCCUAG